GCAGUACGGUUCAUUCAGGUUUCAGGAGGGCAGCUCGCCUUCCCUCUUCCUCAUCAUAACUGCGAUGCUCGCAGGACGCUGAUAAUUUGACGCCAGAGUGGUUCUCAUGUCGGACAGGCGACACAGACGCUCACUGAUAGCAUUUGCAGCAGCGGUACAGCUCGAUUUCUGUUGCUUUCCGACGUUUCGAUGGGCUGGUGUGCAUCAUCUUGGAUUCUAGCUCUCGCUGUGCAAAACAUAUAUGCAGCAUACACUCCUGCACAUAUUUCGUCCCAGCUCUCACUUGGUUCCACUUUGAGUUCCUGGGAUGAGCCGGCAAAUCGUGAUGCGACUGGGAAUCUCAUCUUCCAGUCACUCGCAUCUCUCAUGCAGAUGAUGCCCAACGCAUGGUAUCCGAACGGACACUCGAUCGUCCGCGCGAACAUCCCGCCAGGCACACUGCUCUACCACGGCCGACCAAAUGCUGAGUAUCCGAACAUGGACUGGGCAGCCAUAGACCCGGAGCACUCCCUCAUAUUCGCAGCCGGGGAGAAUGGCACGCUGUUUACGUUCUCCACCACGCGUGAGCUCAAUCUUCUGUACUUUGACGGGUGCAGCGCGAACAAGAAGGGCGGCGUCGUCGACGCACAGGAUGUGGCCAUCUAUGGAGAAGUACCACAUGAAGAGGAGUGGGGAGGGAUGGUGAGCGAGUGGCAGCGAAUCGCGGAUGCGUGCGCGUGGGGGGAGCAGUAUGACAUUGAUGGGUUCGUCAGAAUGGAACUUGAUUUUGAAAUAAUCUACUGUGACUUUACGGAAGGCUUGGAGCUCGUCUCCGCGGUGAACAUGAUCAUCGGCGGUCUUGUAUCCAUAAAUCCGCCGGAUCACAACUCCAGUACCACGAUGCAAUAUUUCAAUACCGAACAUCUGGAAGACUCAUCAGUUGCUCUUGGCCGCCCCUGGAUUGACUCAAUCCCUCCCAAAGGCUGGAAAGGGAGCGCGCCAGGCUCCACUGGGUGGGAGGCCUGGCAUGCAGGCACCUGGCAUAACGUUUUUCCCGGUGACGUGCGCGUGCGCGUCGACCCAUCAAGCAUGAUCACCUUCUUUGACCCGGCACUGACAUCACUUGCUGAGGCUCGUCGACCUCUCAAGAGGGAAGAUUAUCGUCUGUUGAACAUCUCGGAAGCGGAUAUCGCGGCUGUACAAGCGGACAUCAACGAUGUACUUCGGCGAGGUUUCAGAUCAGGCAGUGGAGUAGACUGGCAGGGCCUCGCACAGGUCAUCCAGGACAGGUUCUCUGAUCGGCUCCCAUACCUGCGCUACCUGCUCCACCAGCCGAUAACCAAUGCAUCCGAGCAAGCUGCAGACGUACGCCAGCAAUUCAUCGUCUCUCUCAUUCCAUACAUGCCACGCACUGGCAUCGGCGAACCAGAGUGGUACGCAGAGACUGUGCGCGGCUGUGCGGCGAGCUUUACGUCACAUCUUCCUGAGUCGUGGUUCACGAAACAGGAACGUGUCAUCAAGGACGCUGUGGACGAGGUGCUGCAUGAAAUCUGCAGGGUGCUGACGGUAGCAUGGCGAGCAGCCUUCGACAUUGAGGAGCAAGAUGUGAAGACUGCGGAAGAUUUCCUCGUGAAGUGCAGAGACGAUAUUGAUGCGCUGAUUGAGUGGCUGGAUUGGCCGGUGUGGUUGGGCUGCAACCCAGCAUGCAGUUUAGACGAGUAUUGCUUCGUCCCACAGCACGUACCAUUUCCUGGCUGGGGCAGUGACGAAAAAGAUCGCUCUCCUCAAUGCAUUUCGAUGGAUCCCGCCAAGCGAUCCCCACAGGGGAGCUGAUCUGGGGAUUUGCGUUUUGUUCAGCGAGUCUCAAAUGAGUAUAUAUUGGCCGUCAAGAAAGGAAAACGAUAUAUCCCUCUGCGAUGGUGAACAUGGCAUUUGGACUGUACGCGAGAUUAUCUGUAACGAUAACCGUGUUCCACUCUUGAUGGAGUACGUGAACACCUUCCCUGGAUGGCGCCAGCCAUGCAUACACUAGUGGGCUCAAUGUCCAGUUCCCGCACCUUCAGCACUGUAUUGCUUUGAGGCCAGCAUGGAGCGGCUACGGUAGUGUCUCUACUUCGCUUCAUACAAACCACUUCGAUCCUGAAUGAUAUGCUUGCAUUGACUGUACCACGCUCCUCGCCUCUAGGAAUAACUCGCCAUCUCCAAUGAUAAUAAAGCACGAAGCUUAUUUGUCUGACGGACAUGCAGCAAACUGACUUUGACGCUGCCAAAUGCGAAGGUCAUGCCGGG